GGCUGCAGGUGUGAGGGCGCGGCGGCGUGACGGGCGUGACCGGCGGAGGGCCGUGGCUCUCGCCGCUGUGCCCUGUUCUGUCUCGCUUUGUGGGAGUGCGGGGGGUGUUACUGCUAUCGGUCACUUGGGGCAGGUCGCGGGGAGCGCUGCGUCCACGGUGCCGGACCUCAGGCCUUUGGGUCCCCCAGCGCCAUUCGGCCACACGAUCCCGUGUCUGACAAUGUGGUCAUUUUCUCAAAAUGUCACGCAAGUAAUUUAGGCGAUUUAUUCCCCGUCAGAUGCAAGCUGAUCUCGUCCCUACUAAGGACAGAGUGACUUCGUCUCUGCUGUGGCCCAGAUUUCUCAGGGAAAGAUAAAAUGUAUAAGAAGAAGAAGAAGCAGCGGGACUCAGGGGACAGCCUCCCUUCCUCAAAACCAUCUAAGAACCCACGGCUGAAAGACCCCCAGGGAAGUCCCCAGAGCUCCAUGCUGAUGCAGUCACACCAUUCCAGAGAGUCGGAAGACAGCCCAGAACCUGCUGCCUCUGUAGAGCCAAGUGGGGAGGAAUCACAACCCACAGCUUCCAGCUGCCUUGUGGAGGACACAAGAGCUGCCUCUGACCUCCUGGAGUCACCAGAAGAGCUGACCCCCCUGCCUCCUUCCCAGAACUCAGGUGGAAGGUUUGUCCCCCAGUUUGCCAAACCAAAGAAGACAAGAAGAAAAGCCAAGGCGUGGGAAGAGGUUCCAGAGAGCGACACCGGAAGCCAGGAAACACGGCCAGAGCUGGGUACCCUCCAGGCAGGAAGCCAGCCAAAGGAGGAGUCCCUGAGGUUCCCUCUCCACGAUGCCCAGAGGCCAGAAGACCAGACAUGGGCAGAUGGUGCCUGCCCAGAGGAGAGGACCAUCUCACCAGAUGCUGGAAGCCUAGGGAACAAUGACUUUGAGAUGCAGAGGGCCAGGGUUCAAGACAGUACUAGCCAGGAAAGGCACCUGUCAGAUGGUGAUGCCAAAGGGGGAGAGGCAGAUGGCAGAGCCCCACAGGAAGGAGGUGCCCAAGGAGGGGAACCCCAGGAAGAAGGCAUCCUCUACAUUUCAGCACCAGCUCCUGCCUCAGACCCCAUUGUACCUGUCCCCAUGCACAUACUCAGCAGCAUAGAAGCAGCACCAAACUGCAGCAGCCUAGCAGAUGUCUCUCUUACGGACAAUGUCAUCACAGCUGUGAGCUUAGAUCCCUCUGUGCUGCAACAGAGGGCUCCAGAGGUGGCUGGGCUGCCAGGCUCUCCAGAUGGACAGACCCCUGGUGGAGACUGCACUGGGACUCUGCUGGGCUACACACCUCUUGCUGAGGAGACCACAGCAGGCAGAGAGCAGGUCAGGCUGAAAGAGGGGUCCCCUGGUGACAUCCUGGCAAGCCUCACUGAGACUGAAGUUCUCGAGAAAGAAGAGCCCAUGGUGGAUGCUGGAGAUCCAGGCCAUAUAGAACAGGAAAUGGGUCCCGCUGUCAAGACCAAGGACCCUGACUCUGAUGGACAGUUGCCAGGAGGGAUAGGAAUGCUGCCUUUACAGGCCCAGCCCAUGAACCAAAAGGUAGUGGAGUCAAGCAGCCUAAACUGUCAUCGAGACUUUGAGGGCCUCAGCUUGUCCCCUCAUACCUCCUCUCGGCUAGAGCAUAGCUAUGCAGCUAGUGACCCUCCCCAGAGGAAGGCCUGUCAUAGCAGUCCAGAAAUUCCCAUAGACCUGGCAGGACAGCAGCCAUCAGUUCCCAGUUCUAGAGAUCAGGCUGCAUGGCAGGAGUCCUCAGCAAUGGAACUAGACUUCCUGCCCGACAGCCAGAUACAAGAUGCCCUGGAUGCCCCCAAUGUGGAGGCCCUACCUGAGCAGGGUUCUCCUGCAGGGAAUGUGCCAGGCCUUGGCUGGCCUGUCUCUAGCCCAGAUGCCAUCGGAGGAUCCCCAAAGGUAGUGACCAAAGCUCAUCCCAGGUUGCUCCACUCCGAUCUCACCUGCUGUCCCCUCAUGUGCCUCGGCCGGCUGGGGUUCCUGGGGAUGGGAUUUGAUGCCAGUCACAAAUCACAUUGCCAGGGAUUUCCAACUGACCCUGUGCUCUGCCUUGGGGACUCCUGUUGCUAAGGAUGCCUGUCCUGGGUACCGGGUGAUGGAGGAGCCCAGCAUGACAACUGGCCUGAGGAGCAGGGCUUAGCUGCUUGUGAGCAAGGUCCACAGCAAGUCGUGUUCACAGUGGCUAAGUUCCGCCCCGCUGGGCCCCAUCUCCUCAGACGCUACUGCCCACCCUGCUCUGCCUCCUCCUCCCUGGGCUCUGCCUCCUGUGCCUACUGAGCUGAAACAGUUGGUUCCAAUGCACUGGCUCAGUUCAGCAGGAACAGGAGUCCAGCCCCCUAGGAGCUGGCACCCUACAGAAUGUCUGCCAUGACCCGAGACCUGGAUGGAGUGGGGGUGACCAGCUGUGCCUGGGCCCAGCUCUCUGCUGCAGGCCCUUCCUCUAAGCCUGCAUCUGGGUAGCCCACCCCAUAUGGCCACACCUUGAGAUUUUUGUAGUUCCCAGAAAGAACAGGUGGAUGAGUGCGUGGCAAGUCAGUUGUGUCCCCUCAGGGCCUCCAGCCCCUUCCUCUCCCAAACCCAGUGGGGCCCAAGCACCACCCUUUCUUUGCACACCUUCUCUGUAGUCAGUUACCCAAGAGGAAGCUGCUUUGGGCCUGCUGACUGUUAAAUGCCAACUCUCAACUUCCGCAACAAGGCACUGGCCCUAUCCAGCGUGCCCAGCACCCCAUGAAGCCUGCAGCAUUCCACUGGUGACAGUGAUGCAGGGAGCAAGGUCCACACGGCUCUCCAAGGACAUGGACAGACUUCCCUCUCCCCUGGGUAUUGCGGCUUGCUGUUGGCACGGGGCUGGGUUACUUCCCAGAUCACCAGUCAGUGGGGGGGGGGGGGGUGAGGUGAAUGGAAGCUUAGGUGGAAGAACAGAGGUGAAGCUUGCAUUUGAUGUUGUGCCUGUUUUCUAUUAAAUAAAAACU